AUGGAUCAUAUUGCAAAUAGUUUAAGUGAACCUUUCAAUCAAAAACUUAAAAAUGGUAUUAUUGCACCAGUUCUUAAUUUUACUGCAAGUAAAUUAAUAAGUAAAGGAAUUGAAUCUUUUGUUGGUGCAGAUCGGAUUGAAAGAUUAGCAAAUAAAUUUGAAUUAAUUCAUGCAGCAUCGAAUUCUGAUGAUACAAAGACAAAAUACGCAGAUGAUUUGGCCAUAUAUUUAGCUGAAGCUAAAGCCAUUGACAUUAAAGCUCUUAAUAUAGAUCAAAAAGAUAUUUAUCCGGAAAAUAUUGAUGGACAAAAUUUACAACAAGUUUACGAUUUAUAUGGUGAGAAAACAAAAACAUUUGUUGAUAAAAAUGGAAAGAUUUACGUACGAAGACCAUCAUCGAAAGAAUAUUAUCAAAGUAUAAGAGGUGAUAAACUAGCAGGUUUACAUGAACAAAAGAAAAUAUCGGAAAUAUUAGGAUGUACAAUAAUAAAAGAAGAAAUAAUAAAUAAUGAACAAAAAUGUAUUUUGAAACGAGACAAUGGUUCUAAUGUUUCAUUUGUAAUUAAAGAUAAUUUAGAUGGAACGAAACAUGCUGAAAUCAUACUUGAUGGCAAAUCGAUUAGUGAAACAUUUGAUGAAGCUAUGAAAAUUUUUGAAGAUAAGAAUGUAGUUAAACAAUUAAGAUACGAUGUUUCAUUGGCAAUAAAAAAUGAUGAAAAAUUAUUAAAAGAAUUUCGAUGGACAAAUAGAACUGACUUACAAUCACAUUUUAAUAGUUUAACUGGUCUCUGUAAAAAUUCUGUCAAUGAAAAGUUAGAAUUAAGUUAUGAUGAUAUAAAAUACUUAAGAUCGUGGAUAGAAGCUGCUCAGCGUGAACAACCAGAAAAAUAUGAACGUCAGAAGGGAUUCAAGGGUUCGUAUGAAAAGGAAUAUUAUUAG